AUGGCCCAGCCAGCCCACCGCAUCCGCUCUACCUUUGGCUUCCGGGGCUGCAUUCUCGUCCUUCUAGCUUCUUGGGAGGCAGGUGCUAUCACAUCUCAAGGACUUCAGAAAACUGAUGAUUCCCAGACAUCUGAUCAUUUGUUCCCUCCUCCUAUUGCUCUCCAUUCAGACCAGAGCCCUCUAGACCUCAGUAAAUCUACAGAACAUAAGCUAAAACACCAUUGCAACACUACACACCAUUUCAAGCCAACUUACAAUCCUAUAGAUAAUUCCCAAAACUCUGCAAGUCAUCAGGAAGUUCCUCCUACUUCUGAGAAAAACCCCAGCAAACAAGAAAAAGACCCAGAUGUCCAGAAUGAACACUCUGUUGAUCCUACUGACUCUAAUAACACACAUAAAGGACCGUCUGGUGCAAAACAUCUAAGCACAGCACUCAAGAACAAAACAGCUUGCACUAAGAACAACAAAAACAAAAUAGGUUCAGGAAACCAACAUAAAACUAAGAACCCAGGAGUUCCAGCAGAGCCUACAAAACAUGGAGAAGAGACUAAAUCAACCAAUGAGAAGACCACAAGAACCCAAGAAAAGUGCAAGAAACAUGGACAGAAGAGGACUCCCUCCAGUAGGAAGACCACAAGAGCCUCAGAAGAGUCCAAGGACCAUGGGGGGAAGACCACAGGAGCCCUAGAAGGGUCUAAGGACCAUGGGGAGAAGACCACAGGAGCCCUAGAAGGGUCCAAGGACCAUGGGGAGAAGACCACCCUAGCCAAUGGGAAGACCACCAGAGCCCCAGAAGGGUCCAAGGACCAUGGGGAGAAGACCACCCUAGCCAAUGGGAAGACCAUCAGAGCCUCAGAAGGGCCCAAGGACCAUGGGGAGAAGACCACCCUAGCCAAUGGGAAGACCACCAGAGCCCCAGAAGGGUCUAAGGACCAUGGGGGGAAGACAACAGGAGCCCUAGAAGGGUCCAAGGACCAUGGAGAGAAGACCACCCUAGCCAGUGGGAAGACCACCAGAGCCCCAGAGGGGUCCAAGGACCAUGGGGGGAAGACUACAGGAGCCCUAGAAGGGUCUAAGGACCAUGGGGGGAAGACCACAGGAGCCCUAGAAGGGUCCAAGGACCAUGGGGCGAAGACAACCCUAGCCAAUGGGAAGACCACCAGAGCCCCAGAAGGGUCCAAGGACCAUGGGGAGAAGACCACCGUAGCCAAUGGGAAGACCACCAGAGCCCCAGAAGGGUCCAAGGACCAUGGGGAGAAGACCACCCUAGCCAAUGGGAAGACCAUCAGAGCCUCAGAAGGGUCCAAGGACCAUGGGGAGAAGACCACCCUAGCCAGUGGGAAGACCACCAGAGCCCCAGAGGGGUCCAAGGACCAUGGGGGGAAGACCACAGGAGCCCUAGAAGGGUCCAAGGACCAUGGGGAGAAGACCACCCUAGCCAAUGGGAUGACCACCAAAGCCCCAGAAGGGUCCAAGGACCAUGGGGAGAAGACCACCGUAGCCAAUGGGAAGACCCCCAGAGCCCCAGAAGGGUCCAGGGUCCAUGGGGGGAAGACCACCCUAGUCAAUGGGAAGACCACGAGAGCCCCAGAAGUGUCCAAGGACCAUGGGGGGAAGACCACCUCGGCCAUUGGUCCUUUUACUCUCACCACAUCUCACAUGGAGCUGAGUUCCACCACAUCAGAGACCCCAGGCAACAAAAGCCAUUCAUAUCAGAACAAAGAUGGCUCACAGAGAGGUCUUCGUGCUGGAGGAAUGAGAGAGAAUGAUUCAUUCCCUGCAUGGGCCAUAGUUAUUGUGGUCCUGGUGGCUGUGAUUCUCUUCCUGAUGUUCCUUGGCCUUAUCAUUUUGGUCUCCUAUAUGAUGAAAACACGCCAUGCACUGAUCCAGAACAAGAAGGACAAUGACCCAGAGAAUGAUGGGGGUCCUAACUCCUACCCAGUCUACCUGAUGGAGCAGCAGACUCUUGGCAUGGGCCAGAUCGCUUCCCCACGGUGA